AGAAGGGCCGCAUUUCGUUGAUUGUGAAAUUUAUGCUGUAGCAAGCUCCACCUCUAUGGGAAGCAAUUAUAAACUGUGGGUAAUAUGAUUGGUCCUAGAGCUAGUCACUCUUCGCUGCUUACACAUAAUACCGGUGGAUACGGAGGACGGCUCAACUAAGAAAAUGAUAAGGUCAUUCGAAUUACUGUAGCGAGCGAGUUUAUUGCUACAAUGAAACUGAAAAAAAUUGUACUGGCGAUAGGAAUGAACGGAUGAUUUAUAUAGAGGCAAAGUCGAACCAAGGAGGCAGGCAAAUUUGAUAUAAAUACGUGGGAGGGGGGGCAAUGCGCUGUUAUCGGAGACCCUUGUGUCUGUCAAUGUGCAAGUAGACGCCAGAGUGGUGGAAGGUUUUGCUAAACCAAUCAAGGUGGAAUUGUACGAAACGAGUUCCACGUCCGGUGUAAUACGCACAUUACUGUGUUUGUGGGGGACGUGAAACAAGGAUGAUGCGCCUGGCUUGCUGCACCGUCCUCCUCUUCCUGCUCCGUCUCUUGGUGGGCCUGCCCUGGUUCCAGGUCCUCCCCUCCAUCCUCAUCUUCUACCUGGGCUCUGGAGGCUGGAAGUUCCUACUCAUUUUCGCCAAAACCAUCAGCAGAGAUUUACAUGCGGCAGGCGUCCUCCUCAAGGUGAAGUCAAACGUCAAUCGUCACCUGAAGGAACGAAACACCCUCCCUAAGAUCUUCGCCGAGACGGUGCGUCGCCAUGGGGACAAGACUGCGCUCAUUUUCGAGGGCACAGGCGAGAAGUGGUCCUUCCGGCAGCUGGACGAGUACUCCAACCGCGUGGCCAACCUGCUGCUCCAGAGGGGCUUUGUGGAAGGGGAUGUGGUUGCUCUCUUCAUGGAGAACCGGUCCCAGUAUGUGGGCCUCUGGCUGGGCAUGGCCAAGAUAGGAGUGGAGGCUGCUCUGAUCAACUUUAACCUGCGGCUGGAGGCCCUGGUGCACUGCGUCACCAUUUCAAACGCUAAGGCUGUGGUGUUCGGCAGCGAGCUGACCGAGGCGGUGUGUGAGGUCCACAGUUCCAUGGGGAAGACAGUACAGAUGCUGUGUUCAGGGGACUGGGACCCCAAACGUGUCCCUGCAGGGACAGAGUGCCUGGAGCCUCUACUGGAUGCCGCGCCGACCCACCUGCCCAUCCGACCAGACCGCUGCUUCACUGAUCGUCUUUUCUACAUCUACACAUCUGGGACCACCGGGAUGCCCAAAGCUGCCAUCGUGGUGCACAGCAGGUACUACCGCAUGGCAGCCUUGGUAUACUACGGCUUCGGUAUGACGUCUGAUGAUGUGUUGUACGAUUGCCUUCCACUCUACCACUCCGCAGGAAACAUUGUCGGCGUGGGGCAGUGCCUGAUCCACGGCAUGACGGUGGUCAUCAAGAAGAAGUUCUCUGCCUCCCGAUUCUGGGACGACUGUGCCAAGUACAACUGCACGAUUGUCCAGUACAUCGGGGAGAUCUGCCGGUACCUGUUGAACCAGCCGGUAAAGGACAUAGAGGGUAAACACAAGGUCCGUAUGGCCCUCGGUAACGGCCUGCGUCAGUCCAUCUGGGAAGAAUUCACCUCUCGCUUCAACGUGCUACAGAUAGCAGAGUUCUACGGAGCUACAGAGUGCAACUGUAGCCUGGGAAACUUCGACAACAUGACAGGAGCAUGUGGCUUCAACAGCCAGAUCCUCCCCUUCAUCUACCCCAUCAGACUGGUGAAGGUAGAUGAGGAGACCAUGGAGCUCAUCAGAGGCCCCGAUGGCGUCUGCAUCCCCUGUGGGCCUGGUGAGCCCGGACAGUUGGUAGGCAGGAUCAAUCAGAAGGACCCCCUGAGAAGGUUUGACGGCUACGUGAACGAAGGAGCCAACAGCAAGAAGACUGCUAACAGUGUCUUCAAGAAGGGAGACACUGCCUAUCUCUCAGGCGAUGUCCUAGUCAUGGACCAGUAUGGUUACAUGUACUUUAAGGAUCGUACAGGGGACACGUUCCGUUGGAAGGGAGAGAACGUGUCGACCACAGAGGUGGAGGGAACUCUGAGCCGUCUGCUGGACAUGAAGGACGUGGUAGUCUACGGAGUGGAGGUGCCAGGCGCUGAGGGGAAGGCUGGGAUGGCCGCCGUAGCAGAUCCAGAGAGAUCUACAGACCUGGAGAAGUUUGGGAAGGAUCUGGAGAAAGCUCUGCCACCCUACGCACGACCCGUCUUCCUACGCUUCCUCAAAGAGGUCAACAAGACAGGCACCUAUAAGUUCCAGAAGACAGACAUGCGGCGGGACGGUUUUGACCCCAGCAUGGUAUCAGACAAACUGUACUUCCUGGACCCCACCAGGGGGCGCUAUGUGGAGCUGCAUCAGGAGCUCUACAGCAGCAUCAUCUCAGGGAAGCAGAAACUGUAACUGAGAUCUGAUCACUCUUGCCCCCCCC